AUGUCGUUGUUGCCGCAGAACGUCCACGUUGCGCUCUCACAGCUCCUACUUGCACUAGCAUCUGCCGACAAUAUAGUGCGGACGCAGGCCGAGGAACAGUUAAAUAAUGAAUGGGUGAAGGGCCGUCCCGAUGUUUUGCUCAUAGGGCUGGCGGAACAAUUACAAGGCGCUGAGGAUGCCGGGACGCGAUCCUUCGCCGCUGUUCUGUUCCGUCGGAUAUCAACACGGUCAACGAACGUUCCCAAUACUUCCGAAUCUAAGGAGUUGUUCUUCACACUUUCGAAGGAGCAGAGAGUGGCUAUUCGAGAAAAACUGCUAGAGUCGCUUGGAAGUGAGAGUUUGGCCCACGUACGAAAUAAGAUUGGUGAUGCCGUGGCUGAAAUUGCGGGGCAAUAUGCCGACAACGGGGAACAAUGGUCUGAACUUCUUGGAGUGCUUUUCCAGGCUAGCCAGUCUACUGAUCCUGGUGUGCGCGAUUCCGCGUUCCGGAUAUUUUCGACGACACCAGGUAUUAUUGAGAAACAACAUGAGGAAAUGGUGGUGGGUGUGUUUGCGAAAGGUUUUAGGGAUGAGAAUAUUUCUGUCAGGAUAUCCGCGAUGGAAGCAUUUUCGUCAUUUUUCCGAUCCGUCACCAAGAAGAGCCAAAGCAAAUUCUUCUCCCUAGUCCCUGAUGUUCUCAAUAUAUUGCCUCCCCUGAAAGAGGCAGACGAGAGUGACGAACUGUCCAAGGCCUUCAUUUCGUUAAUUGAGCUCGCGGAAGUGUGCCCAAAGAUGUUCAAGGCUCUCUUCAACAACCUCGUAAAGUUUAGCAUCAGCGUUAUUGGUGAUAAAGAACUGUCCGAUCAAGUGAGACAGAAUGCGCUGGAGUUGAUGGCUACGUUUGCCGAUUAUUCCCCAAAGAUGUGCAAGAAUGACCCUACAUAUCCAGGAGAAAUGGUUACUCAGUGUCUGAGUUUGAUGACUGAUGUUGGUUUGGAUGAUGAGGAUGCGACUGAUUGGACGCAGUCAGAGGAUCUUGAUCUUGAGGAAAGCGACAAGAACCACGUUGCUGGCGAGCAAUGCAUGGACCGCCUUGCCAAUAAACUUGGCGGCAAGGUAAUCCUGCCAGCAACUUUCGUCUGGGUGCCUCGCAUGAUGUCAUCAAGCUCCUGGCGAGAUCGGCAUGCGGCGCUUAUGGCGAUUUCUGCGAUAUCUGAAGGUUGCAGGGAUCUUAUGGAGGGCGAAUUGGAUCAGGUUCUCGCUCUUGUCGCACCAGCUCUGCAAGAUCCACACCCGCGAGUCCGUUUUGCUGGGUGCAAUGCCCUUGGCCAGAUGAGCACCGAUUUCGCACCAACCAUGCAGGAAAAGUACCAUUCCAUCGUUCUUGGAAAUAUCCUCCCCGUUCUGGAUUCGACGGAACCCCGCGUUCAAGCCCAUGCCGCUGCUGCGCUAGUUAACUUCUGCGAGGAGGCUGAGAAGGAGAUUCUUGAACCUUAUCUUGAGGAGCUUUUGAGACGUCUGCUGCAACUACUGCGAAGCCCCAAGCGAUUUGUUCAGGAGCAGGCGUUGUCUACGAUCGCUACGAUCGCUGAUUCUGCAGAGGCUGCAUUUGGCCAGUUCUAUGAUAUGCUUAUGCCAUUGUUGCUAAACGUUCUGAAUGAGGAACAAUCAAAGGAAUUCCGAAUUUUGCGUGCGAAGGCUAUGGAAUGUGCCACCUUGAUCGCGCUGGCGGUUGGAAAAGAGAAGAUGGGCCAGGAUGCCUUGACUUUAGUGCAGCUUCUUGGAAAUAUCCAACAAAACAUUACUGAUGCGGACGAUCCUCAAUCUUCGUAUCUUCUCCAUUGCUGGGGCCGCAUGUGCCGAGUUCUCAAUCAAGAUUUUGUUCCAUAUCUUCCCGGAGUUAUGCCGCCACUUCUCCAGGUUGCCGCUGCCAAAGCCGAUGUUCAGAUUCUCGACGAUGAAGAGCAACUUAAACAGGUUGAGCAACACAUGGGGUGGGAGCUCGUCCCGUUAAAAGGCAAGGUUAUUGGGAUUCGAACAAGCGUCCUCGAAGAUAAAAACACUGCUAUUGAACUUAUUACGAUUUACGCACAAGUUCUUGCUGCUGCCUUCGAGCCUUACGUUGUUGAGACCCUGGAGAAGAUUGCUAUUCCAGGACUAGCGUUCUUCUUCCAUGACCCGGUCCGCGUCUCGUCUGCUAACUUAAUCCCCCAGCUCCUGAAUUCUUACAAGAAAGCUCACGGUGAUCAAGCCCCUGAAUUCUUGCAAAUGUGGUCCAAGACCGCCGACCAGCUUAUCGAGGUUUUAAGCGCAGAGCCAGCCAUUGACACACUGGCGGAAAUGUUCCAAUGCUUCUAUGAAUCAGUUGAAGUUGCCGGGAAGAAUAGCUUAACCCCCGUUCACAUGCAAGCAUUUAUCAAAUCUGCAAAGUCGUCGCUUGAGGAUUAUCAGGAACGAGUAAAACAACGCCUGGAAGAAAAUGCAGAACUCGAGGACGGGGACGAUGAUGCGUACUCUUACAAUAUUGAAGUUGAAGAAGACCAGAACCUUCUCAGCGACAUGAACAAAGCCUUCCACAUCAUCUUCAAAAAUCAUGGCCCAGCUUUCUUGCCUGCCUGGGAGCAACUGUUAAUUUUCUACGAUGCCUUCAUCGUAAGCCAGGACCCCACCCAACGACAGUGGGGCAUUUGCAUCAUGGACGAUGUGCUCGAGUUCUGUGGCGAGCAAUCGUGGAAUUACAAAGAUCACAUCCUCCACCCGCUCGUUAAUGGCAUGCGGGAUGAAAAUGCUGCGAACCGGCAAGCGGCAUGCUACGGUGUCGGCAUGGCUGCGCAAAAAGGCGGGCUAGCAUGGAGCGAGUUUGUCGCUGCGAGUAUUCCUACCCUAUUCCAGGCGACUCAUCACCCUAAAGCCAGGACCCAAGAACAUAUAUUCGCGACGGAGAACGCGUCUGCCAGUAUCGCCAAGAUUUUACACUACAAUUCUAGCAAGGUGCAGAACCCGCAGGAGGUUGUGGAGAAUUGGUUCAAUACCUUACCCAUUAUCAAUGAUGAGGAAGCGGCGCCCUAUGCGUAUUCGUUCCUGGCGCAGCUUAUUGACCAACAAAACCCCGUAGUGUUCAACAAUGCAACAAAGGCGUUUACGUUCGUUGUACAGGCACUCGAAGCAGAAACGCUGCAAGGCGCUACAGCCGCUCGCGUCGCGAGCUCAGCGAAGCAACUUGCGGCAGCAUCAGCUGUCAACGUAGAUCAGAUCUUCGCAAAUGUUAACCCUAAAUACCAGGUGGCCGUGCGAAGUUUUUUUCAAUAG